AUGGACAUCAACAUACAAGGCCAAGCGUUCGGUUAUGCGAACUUGGUGCCUCGGAAACUAAAGUCGUACGCAGUGGAGACGAUGAAGACGGCCAAGAAAGUCGGGCAAGAAGACCCGAGACGGGCCGUGCACCCCGCGAAAGUUGGGCUGGGCCUUACAAUCGUGUCGUUAUUCUACUAUUUUAGGCCGCUUUACGAUGGUUCGCUUGGAGAAAGUCUAAUUAGUGUGUUUCGAUGUGGGACCCUAUCAAAAAGCUUGAACAGAGGUUUUGCAACGCUGGUGGCCGGUGCAUUAGGGCUCGGAGCUGAGUACUUGGCCGCUUCAACAUCAACGUUUACUAGGUUUUUCCCCAACGUGAAGAGGAGGUACGAUUAUGGCGUGCUCAUAUUUAUACUCACCUUCACAAUGGUCGCAGUCUCAGGUUUUGGGAGUGAAGUUUUACUUGGUCUAGGGGAUGAAAAUAGCAAGGCUUUUUCUAAGAGUGAUCAUGACAAAUCAUUUUUGGAGAGCUAUAAAAGCGUGCUAAAUUCCAAGGCCAACGAGGAAUCAUUGGCAAAUUUUGCUUGGUGGGAGCCGCCUCAUGGUAAAUUCAAAUUUGGUCACCCAUGGAAACAAUAUGUGAAGAUUGGGGCUCUUUCCGGCAAGGCCCUCCGAUCACUCUCCGCCGCAAUGACCCAAUCCACGCGCCCGUCCCCCGCCGUUAAAGCCCACGCCCAAAACUACCGAGCGGCGGCCCGCGACCUCAAGGCGGCCCUCGACGGGCAGCCUGAUUCGAAACCGGGCGGCGACCUCUACCAGCUCAUGCCGCUGCUCGUGGUCGCUUCCGUUCUGAUCGACGUCUCGGAUUUCACGGACGAGAUCGCGCUCGCUGCCGGCGAGCUCUCCGAAAAGGCUCGUUUUGGGGAUCAGAAAUCUCACGCGCCGCCGGAAAAGCCACAGGUUCUCCACCGUGGGGUCGUGAGCCCCGUCGACGACGAUUGCGGCGGCGGAGGGGUGUCGCCGGAAAAGGGGGGCCGUCGGCUGCUGGAGUGA